GUUCAGUAGCUCUGAGAUGUAGCUGAGAUUCUGCUCUUUAAUAAACUUCCAGAUGAUGCUGAUGCUGCUGGUUUGAUGCUGACUGCACUUUUGAAUAGCAAGAUUUUAUAUGAACAAAGAGACAUAAAAUGAAAAACAAGUGAAAGAUGUGUGGAACAUCAAACAAAUGAUUAAGUUGACACAGGAACAUAUAGAGGCCCUGUUGGACAAAUUUGGUGGGGAGCAUAAUCCACCAUCUAUAUAUCUGGAGGCCUAUGAAGAAUACACCAGCAAGCUAGAUGCCCUACAACAAAGAGAACAACAAUUAUUGGAAUCCCUGGGGAAUGGAACUGAUUUUUCUGUUUCUAGCUCUGCAUCAAUGGACACCGUUACAUCUUCUUCCUCUUCUAGCCUUUCAGUGCUACCUUCAUCUCUUUCAGUUUUUCAAAAUCCCACAGAUGUGUCACGGAGCAACCCCAAGUCACCACAAAAACCUAUUGUUAGAGUCUUCCUGCCCAACAAACAGAGGACAGUGGUACCUGCAAGGUGUGGAGUUACAGUCCGAGACAGUCUAAAGAAAGCACUGAUGAUGAGAGGUCUAAUACCAGAGUGCUGUGCUGUUUACAGAAUUCAGGAUGGAGAGAAGAAACCAAUUGGCUGGGACACUGAUAUUUCCUGGCUUACCGGAGAAGAAUUGCAUGUGGAAGUGUUGGAGAAUGUUCCACUAACAACGCACAACUUUGUACGGAAAACUUUUUUCACCUUAGCAUUUUGUGACUUUUGUCGAAAGCUGCUUUUCCAGGGUUUCCGCUGUCAAACGUGUGGUUAUAAAUUCCACCAGCGUUGUAGUACAGAGGUUCCACUGAUGUGUGUUAAUUAUGACCAACUUGAUUUGCUGUUUGUCUCCAAGUUCUUUGAACAUCACCCAAUAUCACAGGAAGAGGCCUCCCUAGCAGAGACUGCCCUUACAUCUGGAUCAUCCCCUUCUGCACCCCCCUCAGAUUCUACUGGGCCCCAAAUCCUCACCAGUCCAUCUCCUUCAAAAUCCAUUCCAAUUCCACAGCCCUUCCGACCAGCAGAUGAAGAUCAUCGAAAUCAAUUCGGGCAAAGAGACCGGUCUUCAUCAGCUCCCAAUGUGCAUAUAAACACAAUAGAACCUGUUAAUAUUGAUGACUUGAUUAGAGACCAAGGGUUUCGUGGUGAUGGAGGAUCAACCACAGGUUUGUCUGCCACCCCUCCUGCCUCAUUACCUGGCUCACUCACUAAUGUGAAAGCCUUACAGAAAUCUCCAGGACCUCAGCGGGAAAGGAAGUCAUCUUCAUCCUCAGAAGAUAGAAAUCGAAUGAAAACACUUGGUAGGCGGGAUUCAAGUGAUGACUGGGAGAUUCCUGAUGGGCAGAUUACAGUGGGACAAAGAAUUGGAUCUGGAUCAUUUGGAACUGUCUACAAGGGGAAGUGGCAUGGUGAUGUGGCAGUAAAAAUGUUGAAUGUGACAGCACCUACACCUCAGCAGUUACAAGCCUUCAAAAAUGAAGUAGGAGUACUCAGGAAAACACGACAUGUGAAUAUCCUACUCUUCAUGGGCUAUUCCACAAAGCCACAACUGGCUAUUGUUACCCAGUGGUGUGAGGGCUCCAGUUUAUAUCACCAUCUCCACAUCAUUGAGACCAAAUUUGAGAUGAUCAAACUUAUAGAUAUUGCACGGCAGACUGCACAGGGCAUGGAUUACUUACACGCCAAGUCAAUCAUCCACAGAGACCUCAAGAGUAAUAAUAUAUUUCUUCAUGAAGACCUCACAGUAAAAAUAGGUGAUUUUGGUCUAGCCACAGUGAAAUCUCGAUGGAGUGGGUCCCAUCAGUUUGAACAGUUGUCUGGAUCCAUUUUGUGGAUGGCACCAGAAGUAAUCAGAAUGCAAGACAAAAACCCAUACAGCUUUCAGUCAGAUGUGUAUGCAUUUGGGAUUGUUCUGUAUGAAUUGAUGACUGGACAGUUACCUUAUUCAAAUAUCAACAAUAGGGACCAGAUAAUUUUUAUGGUGGGACGAGGAUACCUAUCCCCAGAUCUCAGUAAGGUACGGAGUAACUGUCCAAAAGCCAUGAAGAGAUUAAUGGCAGAGUGCCUCAAAAAGAAAAGAGAUGAGAGACCGCUCUUUCCCCAAAUUCUCGCCUCUAUUGAGCUGCUGGCCCGCUCAUUGCCAAAAAUUCACCGCAGUGCAUCAGAACCCUCCUUGAAUCGGGCUGGUUUCCAAACAGAGGAUUUUAGUCUAUAUGCUUGUGCUUCUCCAAAAACACCCAUCCAGGCAGGGGGAUAUGAUGCUUUUAAACAUGGCUGUGUUCCCUUUACCAAGAUUGGCUUAAAGUCUGCCUCGGUGAAGAGUGCUGGGCUUGAACCACAGGCAUGUGUCCGUUCCAGGUCCUGCUGCGUGGCGGGCAGGGGAGCCAGUACGGUGAGGGAGGAAGCUUAGCAUUUGAGUUUUCUAAACAAAAUUCAGCACUUGUUUGCAAAUGAAGCUGGACUGCACAAGUACUCCUGACGGUGCACUGCGGGGCGGAGGUCUCGAGACAUCCUUUCUGACCUGACCGGUGGGUGUAACACUGGACAUACUCCAUGGUAUGGUUCUUGUAUCUUGUUUCACUUCUCACCGUCCCUAAGAAAGUCAAUGUAUUGUCUCCAGUUCGUCCUUGAGAUGUUUUAUUGAGAUGUAUUACUGAUGCCUAUGGGUAACUGAACUCCAGAGGAAGGUAGUAGCAUCUCUGCCUGCAGAGGCAAUGAUUUGUAGAUUGGCCAGAGGAGAGUGAAUUUGCCAGUGUAUUUGUGGUUCAUGUUGCUAACUCUGGUAAAACUAGUUUGUGUUAUUUUAGCACAGUAGACAAAGUAAGCUUUGUUAUUUUUAAAUAACCUAUUUUUACUUCUAAUUUAAAUUCAACCCUAAUUUUUAGUAAUUGUGGGAAAGGUAAUUAAUGGUUCUUAUCAGGUGUUUUUAAGGUGAAAGAGGACAAGUCCUAAAAUCCUACAUUAUGGUAACAGUCCUUUAAAAAACUCAUAGGGACAGGUAGUCCCCACCUCAAUGAAGUGAUUAAAGUAGAUCCUUUUAUUUCAGCAUCCACAACUUCAACCAUUAACUUAGUUUUAUUAAUUACUAAAUUAGUUCCUUUAAAAUGUUACUUUUACUUAGCUGUUUUGACUAAUUGCAAUAUGAUCAGUUGUGUAUGAGGACACAGCCAUUGUAAACCAGUGUAUCCAUUUUUGUGGUGCAUUUUUUAAAAGAAUUUUGUAGAUUGAACUACUUUGAAAAUAACUAAAAUGUUUAUUCAUGUUAGUAUUGAAAAUUUUUGUGUGCAAACCAUCUGCUUCUCCUGGCAGGCCAAAUCCAUUAUCCAGCACCCAUGAGAGCUGGUUCUCACCUACAGUACAUAGGUGUGCAGAAGGGCAGCAAAAAAAAGGCUCUGUUUACAGGGGUUGGAAUGGGGGUCACGAUUAAGUUGCUUGGUCCCAGUUUUGUUUUGAAAAUUACCCUGCUUCAUUUGUGUAUUUUUGAGCCAACAUGUGUAUUGGUAGAAUAUGAAUUGCAUAGGAGGAAACUGAAGACUAGCAUAAGCUACAAAGCUCACAGACUAGGCACAGAUGUAGGAGAAUGUAGACCAAAAUGGGGUGAGGUAGGAGUAAGUCUGGGGAUAGGGGAAAAUUAAUGUGAGGGUGGGGAAUAAACUAUUAUUAUCAGAAAUAAAAUGUAAGAGUGCAAUAAGUGUGCUUAAAUUCUAAGCUGUGAACAGUUUAAAAAAAAAAAUCAUUCCUUCCUAAUACAUUUGUGUAUGUUCCAUAGCUGAUUAAAACCAGCUAUAUAAACAUAAAAUGCCUUUUUAUUCGUGUUGAAUACCAACAGAAGUGGCUAACCUUUGUCUUAUUUAUCUUCCAUGUUGUAUUAGUUUACAUACGGGGCGUAUGUGUGUAUGCUGUACCCUUUUCCUUCCUUCACUUAAAUAUGCUUUGAGUCCUCUGUGUUUCCUUUGGCCAUGCCACAUGGUCGAGCUAGUCUAAGACUGGCCUUCAUGGUAUCACCUGAUUUGAAGGACUGUAUCACAGUGAUAUGUAUUUGUGGUAAUCUCAUUUGUUGGUUGUAUCUGAUCUUUCCUCACACAGCAAUUGCUGUUUUUCCUAAGAUACGAUUGUGCAACUGAUCAGGGGAUUGAAUUUUAUCAUUCAUCAAUACAUGUCUCUUUGAACUUUAUUCAUUAGUUGUGAUUGCUUUUUGGUUUAGACCAAGAAAAAUGAAAAUCUUGCCUUUUCAUGUAUUCCUUGGUUUGAGGACAAGUCUCCUGUAAGGGAGAGGAAAGGGAAAUGUCUCAUGUUCGAACUGCAGUGAAUUAAUGGCUCCUGUUUCACCACUCCAAACCUGAUGGCAACUCACAUACACAUUCCUCUCUUCUCUGUUACUGCCAAAGGUUUGGAUUUAGUUCACUUCAGUUCCAUUCAAGCAUUGAAAAGGUUCUCAUGGAGUCUGGGGUGUGCCCAGUGAAAAGAUGGGGACUUUUUAAUUGUCCACAGACCUCUCUUUACCUGCUUUGCAAAAAUUAUAAUGGAGUAACUAUUUUUAAAGCUUAUUUUUCAAUUCAUAAAAAAAGACAUUUAUUUUCAGUCAAAUGGAUGAUGUCUCCCUCUUGUUCCUUAAUCCUAAAUGUAUGCUUGAAUCUUUUUUUUUAAUUCUUCCCCAUACCCACUUCCUGACUUUGGUUCUCUUUCCUGCUCAGGUCCCUUCAUUUGUACUUUGGAGUUUUUCUCAUGUAAAUUUGUAUAGUGGAAAAUAUUGUUCAGUUUGGAUAGAAAGCAUGGAGAAUUAAAUAAAAAAGAUAGCUGAAAUUCAGAUUGGAGAAAUUUAUUUCUGUGUAAAGUUAUUUAAAAACUCUGUAUUAUAUAAAAGGCAAAAAGUUCUAUGUACUUGAUGUGAAUAUGCGAAUACUGCUAUAAUAAAGAUUGACUGCAUGGA